AUGGCCAACGAGGAAUAUGUGACAGAUUCGAGUUCCGAUUUCACCGAAUAUUGGAUAGACUUGUUUUUAGGUAUAAAGGGAAAUGAAUACUUUUGUGAUAUUGACGAUGAAUACAUUCGAGACCGAUUCAAUUUGACAGGGUUGAAUCUGGAAGUUUCCAAAUUACCAACUUUAAUAGACAUAAUAACAGAUGUUAUAGAUAUAGAACUGCAACCAGAAGAACAUAAAGAUAGUUUGGAACAUAAUGCUCGUAUAUUGUAUGGGUUGAUUCAUGCUAGAUAUAUUUUAACUACUCGUGGGUUAAAUAAAAUGUUUGAGAAAUUCAGAAGUGGCGAUUUUGGCUAUUGUCCUAGGGUACAUUGUCAACUAAACCCUUUACUACCAAUAGGUUUGAAUGACCAGCCAAGGAUGGCUUCGGUUAAAUUGUAUUGUUCUAAAUGUGAAGAUCUAUACAAUCCUAAAUCAGGAAGACAUUCAGUUAUUGAUGGUGCAUAUUUUGGGACUUCAUUCCCAGCCAUGUUUUUCCAAAACUUUCCAAAUACCGUUCCAAUACAUGCAAAGGAUACAUAUGUGCCAAGAGUAUUUGGAUUCAAAUUGCACGAAUAUUCAAAGUUGAACAGAUGGAGGGAAUUACAAAGAUUGAAGUUGGAAAACAGAUUGAGAAAGAAUGGUAUACAAAUUGAUAAUGUUGUUGGAGGGUUUAUAACAAACGGUGAUGACGAGGAGACACAAGAUAAUAACAAUAACAGUAACAACAAACAACUACAAAAUGUUUCUUCGCAAUACAAGAGUCUGUCGCCAAAUCAAAAGUAA